UGUCCCGAGAGCGCUCGCGGUCGUUGUCACAGAAACAGUGCUGGCGUCGUCAAUCACAGUGGCGACUGGCAGGCGGCCGGAGGAGAGACGACUGGGUUACUGCUCAACUCCUGAAAACCUUUUCUCCAAACCUCCUUUUACACAGCGAACUCCCCUUUCCCUGCACCGGGACCGCUGAGAGUUGCGUCACUUUCUGGCCGUGUUUUGGUUUGUGUCGUGUCACCAGAACGGUCUUCCAAACGACUUCUGUGUCUGGUAUUCAAUACUGACAGAGUUUUCUGGCUAUCCAACCACAAAGUUAAAAUGUCGACAUUUGAAAAGGAAUGUUCAACCGAGACACAAGCUAAUGUGCAGGAACAUCUGCAAAAUUGCAAUUUGCCACCCAAUAGGCAAUUUCAGAGGCCCACAUCUAGAGUACCAACACAGAGAGAACGAUUAGCAGAAGCAAAGCGCUUAGAAGCAUGGAGUAAAAAUUUGAAACUCUCCAAACAGGAUAUUAAUCUUUAUAGGAAUUCGCACAAACAUAACAUCUGUUUAGACAUGCUUCGGCAGGGUUAUCAUAGGUCCUUUUCAGAACUCACUAAUCUGAUCCUGAACUGGAAUGCUGUAAGGGAGGCUUCAGGACCUGGGUCAGACAUAUGGAUGGAGGAACCUCUGGACAAGCAACAUGAUAAGCUGGAUCAUCUUCAGUAUUUCCUGAUCAGGGCAGAGGCAGCUCAAAGAGCAGGGAAGUUUGAGGAAGUCUACAAUAACCAACUUUCACUGGCAUGUUACUUUAAAACUGUUGGGGACAAACUACUUUCUGAUCAUUUCUUCCAAUCAUGCCUCAGUACUGCUGAAAUGAUCACCCCAGAGGGGCACCAGAAAGCAGCAGAAGCACAUGCUAACAUGGGCACGGCCUAUGAAGAGAAAGGUCAGCUGGAUAAAGCUGCUGAACAUUAUGAGAUAUUCCAUCAACUCACUGUGGGAAAGCCAUGGCAUGAUGAAAAUGGCUGCUGUCACUUUGCACAGGCCUGUGCGAAUCUCUGGAGGAUUUACACAUUGCUAGCGGAUGAACAGCUUGAAAAUGAACAAUAUAAAGAGGCAAACAAAAGUCUGAGAAAAGCUUAUGACAUAGCAAAAGAAGGGGGCGAUAAGAAGAUGGAAUUAGCAGCUCUGUAUCGUGUGGCUUUAGGGUACCUUAGUGCUGGAGAGCCAGACACAGCUAUUGGCUUCUUGCAGACUUAUUUGGAGCUUUCCAAAUCCAUGGACGAUGACAUUAGUUUAGGCAAAACCUAUGAAGCUCUUGCGAAAGCCUUGAUAAGUACAGGACAUUCUGCUGAAGCUCUUGAGUAUCUGAAACAGUUUCUGGCCCUGGCAGAGAAAAUUGAUGAUAAACAAAGUCUUGUGGAUGCUUGCAGAUUCCUUGGAAUUAUGUAUAAUAACCUGGGUCAAUAUGAUGAAGCUUGCAAGUAUAUUUGGCGAGGAUAUGAGAUUGCCAUGACUUUGGGUGAUCUACAUCUACUAGAGAUUAUGCAGGUCAAUUUUGGCAUCUUCAAAGCUCAUGCAAUGAUGACCAUAUAUUGUCACCACGUCGAAGCUGCUGGGCACAGCAAUCUUGAACGUUUGGUAACAUGGAAGGAUAGUAGAAAAGACACAUUUAAUGACCGCAUUACAGAAGACAUUGCAACAGUCAAGCAAGUUCUCAUAGAACCAAAUGCUGAAGCGAAGAUAAGUAUUAAUGAAAAUUGAUCUUAACUAAAGCAAAAGCUGCAAGAGCUAAAAAAAACAAGUUCAUAUUCUUUCCAGUAGCAACCUUUUCUUCAGGCAGAAUUCAUACGGUGUCAGUUAAAGGAAUAAUAUGGAAAGCAAUUAACCCUAAGGAAUCUUGUAUUUUUACCAAAUAGGUAUGUUCCUAACGAUGCAUGUGGCCAAAUUUUACUUUGUAUUCGUAAGUAUUUACAAGUGACACUGACUGAUAGAGCCAGAAUUUACUGUGCUAACAUUGUUUAGAUGCUAGUUUUCAAUUAAUAGCAGAUAUUUUCUAAAAUACUUGGAUUAUUGUUGAAAAUAUUCUUUACUCCAUACAGCAAUCUUUAAAGUUUUCUAACUGAAACAUCAUGCAAGAUUGUUAACACAUUGCUCCAAAAUAGGUUUGAGACAUUACACAUGGAGAAGCUUAUUUUUAAGAUAUACAAAAGUAAUAAGUUGGCAUUAUUCAUUUAAGAAUGUGUACUUCUUUAGCUGUUUUUCAACCAAGGAAUUAUAUGUAUUUAAUCCAAGUGCAAUAAGUUGCAUGUGGCUCUCUCUCUGUACAUAAUGAUCCAGAUAUGUUGUUAAAAUAUCAAUUUUCAAAUCAGCUGUAUUUUGAAUUACUCAUUUGCUGUUCGUGAAAUUUAUGUUUCUUAUUAACUUAUGCCUUAAUAAGUAUAGAUUUGUAAAAGAGUCCUGA